CGAGUUGUCCGCAACAGUGGGGCGAGUGAGACGGAUAGUUUUCCCCCUUAUUGGUUGAACUUUGUGCGUUCGGCUCACUGAACGGAAAGCUGAGUUUUUCCUCGUUCAUGGGUCUACUGGCGGUAUUCCGCGUUGACGGCUCGCAGUGUGUGCGAAGAAGAGGUACAGCCACUAUCACGGUCGUGACCGCGCUCGCGAUAUAAACGGUUUUACGAAAAUCUCGAAAUUUUACGAGUUCGAUAACCAAAUCGCUCGUCAACGCGAAUCACGCAUUGGAACCACAAAUCGCCCGUACCGUCGGUCUAGAGCGGUCCAUCAGCUCAGUGAUCAAAAUCAUUAGUAGAAUAGCCUACACAAAUAAUUCGGACUUGGCAGAUCAGAUGCAUCGCAAGGCCCAAGAGUCAUUUCGAGCAGUUUACGCGAAGGCUUGAACGUCGCGCGCGCUUCGCGUUGAUAUUCUCGGAAAUCGCGGGUGAGAGCGAGAUAUUCACGAGCAAGUGAGAGGCCACUGGCCAAGACGAGAGAGAGAGAGAAAGAGAUAGAUGACACCAGAACGAGACGGUGAUAGUGAGCAAUACAGAGAGCUUCGGGGCUUUAAUGUAUAUAAAAUAUAAAAUAAACACACAAGGAAUAUCAUUUUUCCUCUUGUAUUGCUUGUUAUAUGCGAAACUUUUGUAUUGUGUCAUAAACGAACUACUUGUCAUAACGUAAACAACUUCGGACUUCUACGAUCGAAUUUUUAUUAUUAUAAUAUUAAUAACAGUAAAAGUAAAAAAAAGCAAGAGAAGAAAAUUCAAAAUAAUAACUAUAAAAAUAAAACGAUAAUAAAAAUUAACAUUAGUUGACAAGAUAAAAAAUGAAUAAAAUAAUUUCAUAGAGAUUCGGCGGGGCUCAAACGAAAAUCAACAAACAGUAAUAAUAUCUGCCGCUGUUUUUGUUUUCUUUCGCUGUGGCGAUACUUUGUUCAUCGUGCCAUCGAAGCCACGAGGACAAUCGCAGGAGGAAAAGUUUUGCUUUUUGCGAAAGCCGAGCUCAGAUUUCGAUGUACGUGAUAAGUGCUCCGACAAAGAGUGAUUAUUGUUGACCUGUCAUGUCUCGUGUUUGUGAGCCGAAGACGUCGCUGUUUUGAGUGCUACUUAAUUGGCGAGUGAAAAUAAACAUCUGUGAGAAGAAUACUGAAACCGGAAUCCAGCUUGUUUGUGGUUUGAAAUUGUGAUCGUAACGUUAGUGAUAAGCGAGAAAGUCAAACUCAACUGGUGAUAAUUAGAUGAAUUGAUCAGAAUGGGUCUGUCAAGGUGGUAAAGUUACGAUUAGCAUAACAAUUGUUUGCUCAAGCACUUGAUUGAGUGGACACAAAAGUAUUAGAAGAGUGGCAUUAGGCAUUGAAUGUCACAGACCCCAAACUCUGAAGGUAGCCCAUUAACGACAGGUAGUGAAGGUAGCCCAAACUCUCCACCCACCAGCAAAAUGUAUCCGUUCGUAUCCAACCACCCAACGACACACAGCAGUUAUUCGACGAUGCCAGGUUUUUCUGGACUCGACGAUAAAUCGUGCAGCAGCAGAUAUACCGACAGCGUAAUGAACAGUUACCCACCGAUGGGAGUUCCCGGAAGUGCCAGUAUUGCACAGUUUUACCAGCAAGCGGCCGCAGUGUCCGCAGCAUCCGCCGGCGUCGGCGUUGACUCGCUGGGAUCCGCCUGCUCACAGCUGUCGUCCUCCGUCGGUGGAGGCCAGUCCGGCCUUCCCGAUAUCACCCGUCAUCCUUGGCUUGUGACCGCAUCCCAAUCCGCGCUACAGAAAUUUGCCAGCACAGAUUGGAUGAGCAACCCCUUCGAUCGAGUGGUAUGCGGUGAUUUCGCAGGUCCAAACGGAUGUCCCCGUCGACGAGGCCGGCAGACAUACACCCGUUUCCAAACGCUAGAGCUCGAGAAAGAGUUCCAUUUCAACCACUACCUGACUCGCCGGCGAAGGAUCGAAAUCGCUCACGCCCUGUGUCUGACCGAACGACAGAUCAAAAUUUGGUUCCAGAAUCGUCGGAUGAAGCUAAAGAAAGAGCUUCGGGCGGUGAAGGAAAUCAACGAACAGGCACGACGUGAACGUGAAGAACAAGACAAAAUGAAGAACGAAUCGUUGAAAUCCGCCCAGCAGCACCACAACCAGAAGCAGCAGGAACAAACAAUCGUUGCCUCCCAGCAGACCAGCGCUGGCGGUGGCGGCAGCAGUUCCAGCCUCGGAAGCCACCUGCACCAUCCGUCGAUAGUGGCCCAGAAUGACCUGAAGCUCGGGCUCGGUAGCAUGGGUGUCGGCGUCGGAGGGAAUCUCAGUAUGAUGGGAGGUCUGGAUAAUAAAACCAAUCAGGAUAUACUGAAAGCACGCAAACCUGAGUACUAGAGACAUCGUUGGUUCAAUUUAACCGAGAUCGUAAAUAAGUCACGACAUACCCACAAAAACAUCCACACCGACAUACGUAAUUACACACAAAAAUAAAUUCUGAACCGAGAUCGUACGCAGCAGCAAAUGGAGCAGAGACAUCAGUGGAAAGUGUUACAAUCAAGCCUCAGACAGAGCCGAUUAGGCAGGCAUGCUCUGGAGGCUGAUUUGCGACUGAGAAUGAUGGCAAAGACAGCAACAAAAAUGGCCGCUGAUCCGAUGCGUUAAUACAAGAUACUGUUUAAGAUAUGAAGCAAAAAAAAAUAGCGUUAAGAUUAAAACAAAAUCUGAAGAAGUAAAAAUAAUAACAAAUAUACGUACUAGUACUAAGGAGCUAUUUUUUCUAAAAAAUCUAAACAUGAUUUGUAAUCAUAUUCGAAAAUUAUACAUUAAUACAUCAACUUUUAAGUGAAUAUGAUCAAUGGAAAUCUCAAACUCCUCGGUUUGAAUUCGCCGCGCUUUCACUCGUUCUUAGGUGAGAGUGCUUGAAACGAUACAAAACAAAAACAAAAUGAAGAAAAAAACAACUGUGUUAGGUGAAAUUUAGUUAAGUAAAAUGGUCGUACUCAUUAACUGUAGCGUUUCGUUCGUUAAAGUUUCGAAAGGAAAGUAAACUACAUUAUGCAGUCGAGAGUGCGAACUGCACAAAGGCUGGUUCAAAUACGUAAUUAAAAUAGUUAUUAACUCAUCUAAUUAAAACAAAACAUAAAGAUUGAAACAAAACAGAAAUGAUCACAAAUCUGUCCAGUGGUUAGAUUUAAUGCUAGGCAUAGAGCAACAACGAUUGCAACCAAGCAAAGUUUGGCAAGGCGAACACGUCGUCUUUUCAAGUGCGCGUCUCGAACUUAUCGCUAGAAACAAUUUUAAUUCUUUUGUUGAUUUUCACUCGUGUAAAUUUGUUACUAUUUUAAAUUAACAGUACUAAGAUCGUAAGUUUAGUUAGCAAGAUAAUAAAAUCUAUAAAUAAAAUUCUGAUUUGUAAUAAAACUUUUUUUUCUCUUGUUUUCUUUAUCGGAGUUAUUUUGAUUUGAGGAACUAUUUCUGUAAAUCCUUCGUCUUCCAUCGAAUCAUGUGUUUUCGCAUAUUUUCUGUUGAUUGUUUUUUUCAUUCCACGUGACACUUUGUUCAAGGAGGAACCGCGGCUCAAACCAAUUUAUUUCACAUAUCAAUUGACCUAGCAACUAGCUGCCCCUGUUUUAGUUAAUGCAAAACUUUUUGCUUUUGCCGUUCCUCAAAUCGUGUUUGUUCGUUUAUAUUUGUUAUUAUUCACCAAGUUUCUUAAAGCAUUCGUAAGCGAGGAACAUUUGUUCAGAAGAUCCAUAAUCUAUACCAUUACCUCCAACCAGCGAGAAAAAAAACGACACAAGCGAAACGGUUUUAUUUCACAUAAACCAAACUCAGUUUCAAUGCGAUUUUUCCCAAGGAACUUGUAAAUAUCGCUUAAAGAUUGUCACUAGAAACAAGAAGAAAAACUAAAUACGUAAUUAUAGUCAGGGUAGAAUAGAGAAUGUAACAAAAUGUUUAUAAACAGUUCAUUCCAUCGUCUAGAGAGAAGUUUGUUUGACACUCGAUAUUCUUGCCAUAGGAAUGAUGGAAAAUCAAUGUUUGAUCUCAAACAGAAUGGUGAAACAAGAACAACUUAGUCAGUCACGCAAACCCCCUUCUCGGUCCUUUUAACCGAACCAGAAAAUAUGGAAGAGAUGUUUGAAACAAAUUAAACCAUAAAAUACGUAACUCUUGGUGAACAUAAAAUUCAGUAAAAAAAUCUAGCAACUGAUACAAAAAUUGUAAAUUAUGAAACUAUUAAUGAUAUUAUUAUAACUAUACUAAAACUAGAGAUUAUACCGUAAAUGUUAAUGCGAAAACAGAUUGUGAGCGAAACAAAACAAAAAAAAAUGUGAGAAACGCAAAUUUAUUCAGCCAUAGUCAGAAGUGGACGAAUCGUGUAAUUAACAUUUUUCCGAGACUUCACCUCUGGCAAAGCAGCACAGCGUUUAUGACGAGGUGAAAGCAAACCGCAAGUACUACAUAUAUAAUGUGUGUAAAACAUAUGAAAAUGACGUAAUUAAAAUUUGUUUUAUCGAACGAAUACAACAAGCUGUGUAAAAUUAAUUGACAAAGCAAGGCAAUAUGCAAAUAGAUUUGAAAACUGAAGCCCACAAGCGAACACGAAUUGGACUAAUAAAGGUGAAAUGUGAAGAAUGAA